AUGGACCGCUCAGUCGAGGAGUCUGAACGUGACGUCUUUUCCCAGUCAAUUUUGAAUGAUUUAUGCAAUGCCUGGUUCGAACGCUACCACCCUUGGUUUCCAAUUCUCCACAGGCUUUCCGUCAUCGGAACAAUCGAAGACACAGCUGCAUUGGAGGACUCUCCUAUUUACAUUGUACUGAAAGCCAUCAUUGCUGUUACUCUGCCCCAUUGGUCUUUGUCAAAUCCAAUCUCUCGAGAAACACGAAGUCAAAUAUCGGAGAAGUUUCGAAAGCAGGUCAUCCUGCAAGCUAUUAGUGCUCUAUCACUCCCUUCUCUUCAAGCUGUCUUGAUUGUAACGACUAUUGAUUAUGGAGCUGGGAGACUUUCUGAAUUCUGGAACUUGGUGGCAUUAUGUAAAAGAAUGGGAGUUCAGCUUGGGCUGCGUGAUCUCGUGGCAAAUAAGUUCGACAAUUUUAAUAAGCUGUCGACAUUGCCUCCACGAAUGAUCCCAGUCCCAACAUCUUUGAUAGAACAAGAAGAGAAGAUCCGGGCAUAUUGGAUGACAGAAGUACUCGACAGUAUGUCUUCUCUAGGUGCAGGGUGGAAUCUCAGCCUAUCACUUCCUGAAAGCGAAUUGUGGUUCCCCUGUAACGAAGCGGUGUGGGCUUUUCCGGAAAAAACGACUUCCAUCUCGUCAUUUGAUGAUUCUGAAGUAUCAUCUGCCUUCUCGGUUUACCUAAACUUGGUUACGCAUCAACUAUACCAAGUCCAUCUCUUCUUACAACAAUCAUAUGAUGCGACCUCCGCAGUUGACAGAGCACGAUGGCAGUCACAGUGCAUAACUGUGGAUGAAGCAUUAAACAAAUGGAGAAACUCAAAUCUUGAGACGAACUAUCUGGGCCACGAUUCAACUGUGGUGCUAAGUGCAGUGACCUUCAAUGCUGCUAUCAUUGCGUUAUAUCAGAGACUUGCACUUCCUCCAAAAGGUCUAGCUGAAGUUCAUGGGCCGUGGUACCACGCGAUACAAAGGUGUUUGAAUGCUUGUGAUGACAUGAGCACGGUUAUUCGCGCUAUCAAUGACGCAGAUCUGGAGAACAUGAGCCCGCAUAUGAUAUUUUGUAUAUUUGUCGCCGCAAGGUUCUACCUAGUUCAUGCAAAAGUCCUGUCGGUCGAAAUUCCUCGCUCUCUCGACCUUCUAAUUUAUGGGCUCAAAACCUGUGGCCAGAGGUGGUACUUUGCUCGUCGAUUGGAAAAGGUAUUGCAUACUGCCAUUGCGGAGAAACAGGUCCCAGUUGUCAUGUCUGCGCUUCCACAGCAGUUUUAUGAUUUGCAAUAUUCGUCGUUGGACAUUGACCAUGCAUUGAGUCUUUGGGCAGAAGACAGCAGGCGCCCUAGUGUUUUGUCACCCUGA